CGGUCAUGCCAUUUUUCUUUGACCAACUUGUAGGCUUCUGUUGGAGUCAACGAAUCUGUCAUUUUCUCAUCUUUUUCUGAAUCCAUAUUAUCUGCCGAGAAAAUCCAUAACAUUAUUUGAAGUUGAACUUCUGUAAUUUCUUAUGAUAUUCUAACUUCAAAACAGCAAACAUUUAGUUAUGAUAUUUUAGAGGAUGAAGCUCAAGAUUUCAUUUUUACCAAUCUUUUUGUUUUCCCUAAUAGCCUUAGAUUCUGCUUCCCCACAAGAAAUCUGCUUCGAUGGAUUCUUUAAACCCAAUUCGGCUUACGACUUAAACCGGUGCCAAAUUCUCUCUUCUCUUGCUUCUAAUGUCACAUCUCACAACGGCUUCUUCAACUCCUCGAUCGGUGAAACCCCCAACAGAGUGUUCAUCAUUGGCAUGUGCAUCCCUGGAGCUAAGCCACAUACUUGUUCAAAUUGCAUCAAAGCUGCAUCAGACGCCCUGUUGAAAAGCUGCCCUAACCAGACAGAAGCUUAUACAUGGCCAGAUUCUUGCAUGGUACGUUAUUCCAGCGUUUCCUUUUCUGGAUCAUACGAUAUUGGACCGUCGUCUCAAGUGCUUUACAAAACAGGAGAUAUCAACUCUAAUGUAACAGUAUUCGAUAGAAUCGGAGAAGACUUAAUGGACCGUACCAUUUCUGAAGCUCCUUCGAGAACUCAUGGACAUAAAUAUUAUGCGGCCGAUGUUGCUUCCUUGAAUACUUCCCUAACUAUGUUCGCGAUGAUGCAAUGUACACCUGAGCUUUCUCCAGGUUUUUGUGGGUAUUGUCUUAGAGCCAAUCUUGAUAACUAUAAGUUAUGUUGUCGCCAUACACAAGGUGGUUCUAUUAUAAGACCGAGUUGCUUUAUCCGGUGGGAUUUGCAUCCUUUCACUGGAGCUUUUGAGAAUGUUACAUCGUCACCGCCUCUACCGAAAGCUUUACCUCAGCCACCUCUUUCUUUGAAUACUCCAGCAAGCAAUCAGGCUAGCCAAACUGGCAAAGUCGUUAUCUUGGCACUACUUGUGGUAGGAUUCGUGGUGUGGAGGAAAAGUAAAACAUACCAAACAGUUACGGUUCAAGCUGGUGAUGAUAUCAUACCACUAAACUCACUGCAAUUCAAAUUUAAGACUAUUGAAGCUGCAACUGAUAAGUUUUCGGAGAGUAACAUGAUAGGGCAAGGUGGAUUUGGUGAAGUUUACAGGGGAAAGCUUUCAAGUGGAACUGAAGUAGCGGUGAAGAGGCUGUCAAAAACAUCUAGACAAGGCGAAAAAGAGUUCAAAAACGAAGCUGUUCUUGGCACAAAGCUUCAGCAUAGGAAUCUAGUACGACUUCUUGGAUUUUGUGUGGAAGGAGAAGAAAAGAUACUUGUCUACGAGUUUGUACCCAACAAAAGCAUCGACUAUUUUCUAUUCGAUAUGGUAUGAACUUAGUCAAUACAUAAAAGUUGCAAAAUGUUUCUUUUUGUAGCUAAUGAAACUAUAUUUAGGAAAUGCGUAGACCCUACAAAGCAAGGUGAACUGGACUGGACAAAGCGGUACAACAUUAUUAAAGGGAUUACUCGAGGGCUUCAAUAUCUUCAUUAUGAUUCACAUCCUACAAUCAUACACCGUGAUCUCAAAGCGAGUAACAUUCUCUUAGAUGCCGAUAUGAACCCCAAAAUUGCAGAUUUUGGCACAGCGAGGAGUUUUGGAGCUGACCAAAGUAAAGCCAACACAAAAACAAUCGUUGGAACAUAUGGUUAUAUGUCCCCAGAGUAUGCAAUGCGUGGCCACUUCUCUUUGAAAUCCGAUGUAUAUAGCUUUGGAAUAUUGGUUCUUGAGAUUGUAAGUGGCAAGAUGAAUAGCAGCUUCUACCAUAUUGAUGAUGCUGAUAGCAAUUUGGUCAUACAUGCUUGGAGGCUUUGGAGGAACGAGUCACCAUUAAGACUAGUGGAUCUGGCAAUGGGAGAAAGUUAUCAAAAUCAUGAAGCAUUUAGAUGCAUCCAUAUUGCAUUGUUAUGUAUUCAAGAAGAUCCUGUAGAUCGUCCAACGUUGCCAGCGAUCAUAUUGAUGCUCACUGAUAGCAUAACCACUUUACCUUUGCCUCGGACGCCUAGAUUUUGCCUCUCAAGCAUGGGUGAUUUUUCUUCCCAAUACACACACAAUUCUAUCAGUGAUGCUUGGAUUGGAGAUUCAGAUCUUCCUUAAAGAAUGAAGUUUUCUUAGAUACUAUAACUGUAAUAAAGCUACGUAAUUAUCAUUAUCUUCUCAAUGUUUCUUGCCAUUUGUCUACUUUAUGAGACUUUUAACAAAUAUAGACAUUACCACUUGAUGAGGGUUUGAUUGGAAUAUUUAUAUACUUUGAUGUAGAAUCAAUGUUGUAUUUUUGUGCUGUAACUGUAAAUAUUUUUGAUGUAAGAUUUGAGAAGAUUUAAUUA